GCACACGAGCAACAGCCAGAUAAUUAUAUCGGAGCAACAAGGCACUCUAACAAAUCCUGCGAUGAUGGACGAUGCCUCUAGCUCUUGCAGUAGCAGCUCUGGAUACCAAUCAUCGGCAGGCGGUGCGGCGGAUGGCAGACCCCAGAAGACUCCAUGUCAACAUCCGUCGCACAACGGCGACCUCGCGGAGGACUUUGUGGUAGUUGACCGCGUGGAAGGACAGUCUCCGCAGCGGUUCCCGCAGCGAAGGUGGAGCUCUAGCAUCCCCAGAGUACGGUACUCGACGUCCAGACCCGAUGAGGCUGUGGACAUUGCCAUGGGGGAGAGCGGGCUGGCUGCAGCCGAGCCUCUCACGGUGGGCGAGAUGAUGCAGCGGACGGUGGUGAGGGUCCCGCACCACGUGGCUCUACGGUACAAGAUCUCAGGGGGUAGCUGGCGAGACGUUACUUACAGAGAUUACUACCGUCAAUGUCUGUCCGCUGCUAAGUCUUUUCUGAAGCUUGGAGUGGAGCCAUUCACAGCUGUGGUGAUUGCUGGUUCCAACUCUGUCCAGUGGCAUGUGUCUGCACUGGGAGCCAUCUUUGCUGGAGGCCUAUCGUGUGGGGUCCACACUGCCAUUGGUAGAGAGGAGCUGUUUGGGAUGGCCAGGAAGGUUCGGGCUACUGUGGCAGUAGUGGAGAACUACUCUCUCAUGUCAACCUUACUCACGGGCAAGACCCGGGGCCAACUGCCGGAGCUGAAGGCAAUAGUCCAGUAUAAUGGAGCACUGCACGAGGAGCAUCCCAACCUCUAUGACUGGGAGGAUUUCAUGAGACUCGGGUGUGAGAUGAGUACAGUGGAGAUGGAGCACAGGAUGAGUCAGACCCAGGCCAACCACUGUGCUGCCCUGGUCUACACUCCGGGGACAACUGGUGAUCCCAAAGUGGUCAUGCUGAGCCACGACAAUCUCACCUGGUCUGCCAAGGCUCUGGUGCAGUCCUACAAGGCCGUGGAGUUUGGAUCAGAGCACACUGUGGCCUACCUUCCUCUCAGCCAUAUUGCUGCUCAGAUAUCAGAUAUCUAUUUGGCAGUAACAGUAGCAACCACGGUUCACUUUGCUCAGCCUGAUGCUCUGAAGGGGUCACUGGGACAAACUCUAAAGGAAGUCAGACCGACUGUGUUCUAUGGAGUUCCCAUGGUGUACGGGAGGAUAAUGGAGUGUGUGCAGGAGACGUGUACUGAGAUGGGCUGGGCCAAGAGAGCUGUGUCGGGAUGGGCCAUGAAGAUAGGUCUGGAGGGAAACAUGAACAAACAGAGCAAAGUACCGUUGCCGUGGGGAUGGAGUGUCGCCAACUGUGUCCUGUUCAAGCGGGUCCAGAGGGAGCUGGGGUUCCAGAGAUGCAAGAUAUUUGCGGUGGGCGGAGCCAUCACGCGGACAGAGGUCUACCACUAUCUCAUGUCUCUCAACAUCCCCGUCAUGAAUUUCUACGGUAUGAGUGAGUCAUGCGGAGCCCACUGUGUGAACCAGAGCACGGAGGACCACUGGAGGGUCGGCAGUGCCGGCAAGAACCUCGUGGCCGUCUCCACCAAACUCAGUGACACCAACGUCAGCGGAGAGGGAGAGAUCUGUUUCAGUGGUCGUCAUCUGUUCAUGGGUUACCUCGGAGACCCGGUCAGGACCUCCAGAGCCAUUGACAACCAGGGAUGGCUACACACCGGCGACAUCGGACACCUUGAUGAGGUAUGUGGCACUGCUCGGCAGAAUGUCAUGUACACUGUAUAUACAUGCUGGGAGGGAGCGUCAGUGGGUUAGACAGGCUCAGACAGUUAUUAUCUACGACAAAUUGUAAACAAGGCCAAAUGUUUAUGUACAUCUUAAAGAGUUUUCCCACUUGUUCAAACUAACUGUAGCUACAUGUUAAUUGUCUUCAUAUAGAAUGGGUUUCUAUACGUCACUGGAAGGACUUGUGGUAUGUUCAUUUUUCUUUCCCUGUAGCACCAAUAACUAGUUUGUCGAUGUGUGUUUUUGGUCCAUCGGUCACCUAGUCCCAAACGUCAAUAGUUUCAGUCUCGCUUUAUUCUGUUUGCACAAAAUGGGAGCGACUGUCCCACUCCUUGCAAAGAGAAUGUUGCUAUAAUUAUAUGGCCAACAUUACCAGGCAUAGGCUAGCUUGGCAGGUCAAGUUUUCAUGUAGCAGUAGUCUCAGUGGCACAUGCAGACCACAAGAUCAGCUCUCAACUAAAGCACACCCGAAUAGUCUGUUUGUUCUUUGUAUAUCUGCAUAAUCAUAAUGAAUAAUAAUUAUUAUAGAUGUGAUAAUUAUGACUCAGAAAUAUUUUUGACACCUAACCUAUGUAUGUAGGUGAUAAAUGUUUGACACAUGCUCUAUUUCUGUGUGUGUAGAGGUGAUAAUGCUGAGAGGUGGGGAGUCAGUUCUGCCACUGCCAAUAGAGAGCAGAAUCCUUGCAGCGCUGCCAUUCCUCAGUCACGUGGUGGUCGUUGGGGACGGCAAACCUUACCUCUCCUGCCUCAUGACCCUCUCCUGUGUGAUGGACAGAGUGACGGGGGGGCCGACGGACCAGCUGUCUCCACUGGCCCGGAGAUGGAUGGAGUCCCUGGGCUCCUACUCCACCACAGUCUCUGGAGUCAUAGCCGGCAGAGACAAGACUGUCUUCACCGCCAUCACUGACUCCCUCCACAGAGCCAACACUGUGGCACCUACCAAUGAUCAUAAGAUUCAAAAAUGGACAUUACUGGACAGAGAUUUCUCAAUACCCGGUGGAGAACUUGGUCCAACUCUGAAGGUGCGGCGUUUUGUUGUGCACAAGAAAUAUGCAACAACCAUCGAAACACUGUAUCGGACGUAACCAUAUCACCACCUCGUUUGUAUCGCACUGUAUGUCAUUCGACAUUAUGAAGUCACAAUGCUAACUGCUAAAGAACAGCAAAAACAUGUUAAGGUUCAGUUAAUGCCACUUUGUACAACAAAAAUGUAACGUUAAACUAGUUGUGUGAAAUAUGUCCAUAAGCUUCAUUGGUGUUGAGUUCAAUGGGAGGUGUCUUCUCCAAGGGAAUGUCCUCAUAAACAGGAGGUAUCUCAGUCUGGCCUCUCUUCCCCUUCCUAUGACAGUGACCAUGACAUUGAGUCAGUAGAACACCAAGUAGCAGUCCAGCAGUGAAGCUACACACUACACACACUACUCCUGUUGUGGCCACUGCUUCUGCUGUACUCAGA